UGAUCGCAGUCCAUUAACUAAAAAAAAUAAUUAUAAAAGAUAAAAAGAUGCCUAAACGUGGAUGGGAAUUAUAAUUUCAAGUGUGGAAGUAUAAAUAAUGAAAGAGGGUAUUUUUUUCGUCUGACACCGUAACCUUCCCGUCAAUACGGAACUGUUUACACAUCUCGGUUGUUCUUUCUCAGUGAAAAUAUAUGGAGCAAAAUUCCAAUGUUAAUUCUGAGUCAUUAUCUGAAGAAGAACAACAACAAAUUCAGGAAGUGUUUUCCAAGAAAUUCGUUUAUUCUCAAAGCAAAAGUAAAGAAUGGCCCUGGCCUACGUUUAAGAGUGGCCAGUCAGAGGAUGCAAACCUAUGGAAAUGUGAAACAUUUGUUGACUUCCGUGAAAGUCUGAAUUCUUCGAAAGAUCAACUGAGUACUCAGGAUAUAAAGAAAUGGCAUACUCACACCACGAAUACUCACCUGGGUGGGAGUGUCUGUGUCAAUCUCCGUUACCAAAUCAGGCCUGAACUCUGUACGCAAGCAUGGUGUAAAUUUAUGGAAAUUCUCUCGACAUAUCCUGUAGUGGACUCCAAAUCAAAGAAACUAAAUUCUGUUCAUCUGUGUGAAGCACCAGGAUCUUUUAUUACUUGUUUGAACCACUUCCUCUUUACCCAUGGUUUUACAGGCAAAUGGCAGUGGAUGGCUAGUACAUUAAACCCCUAUUAUGAGGGAAACAAUUUAGGUAACAUGAUUGCCGACGACAGAUUCAUUAGGGCUACGCUGCCCCAUUGGCAAUUUUGCGAUGGCACAGGUGACCUACUGGACAAGAACAACUGCAACCAUCUUUGUAAGACUGCUCACAACAUGGAAACUGCCAAACUGGUAACAGCAGAUGGCAGUAUUGAUUGUCAGAACAACCCAUCGAUGCAAGAAUCUAUUGUCUCUCAGUUACAUUACUGUGAGACAUUUGCUGCAUUGAAACUGCUUGGUAAAGGUGGCUCAUUCGUCAUCAAAUUCUUCACCAUGUUUGAAAACAACACAAUCGGAUUGAUGUACCUCUUAGUCAAGUUCUUUGAUCAAGUGAAUGUGUUCAAACCAGCCACCAGCAAAGCUGGGAACUCCGAGGUUUAUGUGGUCUGCCUCAACUUUCUCGGACUUAAGGUUUGCCCACAAGAAGAUUUUCUCACAAACCUGGAACGUCUCAUUUUCAAUCAAUCGACUUUUGAUGGUGACAUUUGGAACAUGUCUUCUGUGCCACUCAGCUUCAUUGAAGAACAUAUCAAUUGCUGCAAACGCUUCCAUGGCUGGCAGCAGUCAGCAAUUCAAAGAAAUUUGUCCCUGUUCAAAGAAAUUCCUGAAUGUUAUCGAUAUAAACGACUUGAUGUUCUACGAGACCGUUGUUUCAGGGAAUACAUGUCACGCUACAAGAUCUCCCCACUCCAGAAUGGUUCCACAGUGGUCAAUGCUCAUGAUAAAUAUGUCUAUGGCAAGACAUUUCAGUCGAUCAACUUCCAGUACAAACACGAGGGGUCUUUUGCCGAGAGAAUGGAUAACCUGAAUCUGUCAUGGCGAGACAGAUUAAAGUUGAUCGAUGUUUCAAAGUAUAAGCCUACCAAUGACUGUGCUUACGUGAUGAAAGAUGCCAGCCGUAAACGUCUCGCAAAGAAUAACCUCAAAUUCCUGUCUGGCAAGCCGCUGUCUGUUAUCCGCAACUCUCGGUUGUGUAACCCAAAGUUGAUUGAGCUUCUCAAUGGUAUCUUGGACAAUUGUGAUCUAACCAACACCAAUGGUGACUUUGACCAGGAAGUCAUUGCUGACCUGUCCACUACAAUGCAACAACUAUUCACUGGUCACUGUUCCAAUAUCUGCUGCCUGGCAGAGGAUUUUGAUUUCUUCAGCAAAUUACAGAUACAGGAUCUGAAAAUAUUUGGUAGGGAAGAGGAAAAUAAAUCCCUUCAACAGUUAACGCUAAUUGUCAAUGUAACUUCUCCAACAACGCUGCUUGGCAAAGGAGAAAUUCUGGACAAAAUGUUGCUGCUUACCAAAGUCUCUUUUGCUCUUCAAAAACUGAAGGCUGAUGACAAUCUCCUGCUUCUGACUCAUUCCUUUCUCACAAGAUUCUCCGCUGGUCUUCUCCUUCUUGCUUAUGAUUGCUUCCAGAAGAUCGGGAUAUUUCCCACGCCUCAUGCUGGAACUUUGAAACAGUUGGUGUUACUUUCAGACUUUACUUCCUGUCCUGGGUACAUUGCCAAAUACUUGCAGGUUCUUGUACAAACCUAUGAGCGCCAUGGAUCAAGCCAGGAACGAGACGUCUUAGAGAUUGUUCCAAUGAAAAUUCUGAAUAAAGAUGUUGAAUUCUUCUCAGAAUUGAUGAAAAGUAACGAAAACCUACUGAAAUGUUUCAUAUUCACGAAACUCAAUUGGGAGAAGGAGCACGUUUAACAACACAACUGUCCUGGUCUUUUUGUUUUUAGCAACACAACUGCCCUGACCUGCCUUUCAUGUCUUCAUGAUUUUCUUUCCAUUUUAUUUUUUUUUUCAUAUUUGUUUUAUGUUUUUUCAUUCCACUCUCAUCUUGAAGUCAUGACUGCCAGCAGUGAACAAGCCCCAGAGAUUGGAAGAAAAGUUUAUGACAAAGAGAUAGACAAGAUUCUAAGCAACCAAGAUAUAAUGGAAUCAAGCCAACAAAGGAGUGUGAGUGUGUGUGUAUACUGACAUCCAAAGGGAACAGUAAUCCUUUUUUGGUGUGAUUGGAAGCACUCACUCCAGAAACAGUCUGUAAAUGUCAUCUCCUCCAAGAGAAGUCUGUGUAUCACCCUUCCCCAGAGAUAGUCAUUAUGUGUGAAUCUGUGUGUGUGUGUGUGUGCAUGUUAAUAUUCUGUAAGGAAUGUGUGUUGUGUAACCUUUUCUCAAAGACUCUGUAUAUAUGUGUUUGUAAGAGACACUCUUUCUUCAAGGAUUCAAAGACAGUUUCCAAGUGGCAUCCCCCCACCCUGUGGACAGUUUUGUGAGCUUCCAGUUAUGGGAAGUGAUGUGGCAUGUAAAUCAUGGGUCAUGAGUCAUUUCACAUUUGUCACAAUGGUCUGUAAGGGACAGUUCUACUCUUCCCUCUCAUACCUGUACUAACUGCUGUGAUUUUCUUCAUUCUUCUUCCUUUGUCCCCUAAUUUGUCCUUUAAGACAUUACUAUAUUUUUUGUUCUCCUCUUUGCCCCCCCCACCCCAAUUCCAUUAUAUGUUCAUUCUAUUUUCUACAACAUCCAGCUCUAACUUCAGUUUCACCACUCAAGGUUUUGAAGUGACUUUUAUUCAUCAAACUCAUUUAGGAUAUUUUCAAGAAUUUAUAUAUAAAAAAAAAAAAUGACAGUUAUGUGCAAUAUUCAUUCUUAAAAUGGUGCUCAAACGGCUGUGUGGUUAAGAAGCUUUCUUUGCAGUCUCAUUGUAUGGUACCUUGGGCAAGUAUUUUCCUUUAAAGCCCUAGGCUGACCAAAGCCUUGUGAGUGAAUUUGACAGAUGGAAACUCUGAAAUUCACAUGUACAUACAUACAUACAUACAUACAUACAUACAUACACACACACACACACACACACACACACACACACACACACACAUGUGUGUUUGUCUUCUGAUAACUGGGGUUGGUUUGAUUAUAUCCCUGUAACAUAGUACUUUGGCACCAAUAAGAUAAAUACUAGACUGAAAGAAAAUAAGUACUGGGGACAAUUUGUUUCAAUAAACCUUUCAAGGCAGUGCCCCAGCAUGGUCACAGUCCAAUGACUGAAACAAGUAAAAAAUAGAAGAUGCUCCAGCAGAUUUGAACAUAAAUAUGUUAAUCAGUUUUGUAUUUUACCUUUGGAAUAGAUAGCUUUGACUGAAGAGAUAUAAUGAUGUUGAAACACCUGUGUCUGAAAAUCUCCUAAUGUUAAUGAAUUGUGUUGUCAACACACAAUGUCUGAAGGGAGAAGUUGUUUGCCAAAGGCAAAAUACAACAGAGAUUAACAUAUUAGCAUUCCUUCUACCAACUCAUGCCUCAUUGGUUGUCCAUCACUCCCUACCCCCACCCUUCAGCCCUACCUCGUCUUUACUGUUGUUGCUUACCUUCCAAUUUUGCCAUCUUUUAUUCCUCCAUAUACACUUGUAAGCCCCUGCCCAUCCAUACGCCUAGCUGCUGUUCACUUCUAGUCACCUUGUACCUUGAGGGGCCACCUGGACUAACAACUCCUACUGAUCAUUCUCACCCUCUUUUCUAAUUGUGAGUAACCAUGUAGAGCCUACUUGCCCCUCCACCCCUUCCUUUCUUUCAUACUUUAACCCUUCAUUUCCUUGCAUAAAACCCACCCUCACCACACUGGGUUUUGUUGUGUUGCAAGCUGCAUGGUUACCUCGUUAGUGUUGGUGGCAUGAAAAAUGCAUCCAUUCUGUGCUGUAAAGUGGUUGGCAUUAGGAAGGGCAUCCAGCUGUUGAAACCAUACCAAAGUAGACUCUGGAGCAUGAUGCAGUGCCUGGACCCUUCAAAUCCUGUCAAACUGUUGACAUGAUGACAAUGAUGAUGAUGAUGAAAUUCGUCAGAAUGUGUUCAGUUAAAAAUAAAUCUACCCCUCAUUGUAUUGAUAUUCUCAGUUUUGUGAGCUGAUAAUAAUGGACCCCCCCCCCCCAAAAAAAAAAAACAAGGUGCAUUUAUAGAAAGAA